AUGGCAGUUCACUCGUCGACUCUUUUCUCUUCUCCUUCUACAUUGAAUCUCUUCUCCUCUCAUCGUUUUCAUCUCUCUCCAAAUGUCUCCACUCUCCAUUUUCCUCGUCCGGUUAAGAGAUCCGAUUUGGACUUGCGAUGUUCAGUCUCAAUCGAGAAGGAAGUUCCCGAAACCGAAAGACCUUUCACUUUCCUCAGAGACUCCGAAGGUGGUGACUCCCAAUCUUCUUCUUCUUCUUCGGUUAGGGCUCGUUUCGAGUCAAUGAUAAGAGCUGCUCAGGACAAUGUCUGCUCAGCCAUUGAAGCAGUCGAAGGAGGUCCCAAGUUCAAGGAAGACGUUUGGUCUCGGCCCGGCGGAGGCGGCGGAAUCAGCCGCGUCUUGCAGGACGGAAAUGUCUGGGAGAAAGCUGGAGUUAAUGUCUCUGUGGUUUAUGGUGUUAUGCCACCUGAAGCUUACAGAGCCGCUAAAGGUGCCUCGUCUGAGCAGAAACCCGGCCCGGUUCCGUUCUUCGCCGCCGGAAUCAGCUCGGUUUUGCAUCCUAAAAACCCUUUUGCUCCGACGCUGCAUUUCAAUUACCGAUAUUUCGAGACUGAUGCUCCAAAGGAUGUUCCUGGAGCUCCGAGACAAUGGUGGUUCGGUGGUGGGACUGAUUUCACACCUGCUUACAUCUUCGAAGAGGACGUCAAGCACUUCCACUCGGUUCAAAAGCAAGCCUGUGACAAAUUCGAUCCGUCCUUCUACCCUCGGUUCAAGAAAUGGUGUGAUGACUACUUUUACAUCAAGCACCGUGAUGAGAGGCGAGGGCUUGGAGGGAUAUUUUUUGAUGAUUUGAACGACUUAGAUCAGGAAAUGCUUCUGUCAUUUGCCACUGAAUGUGCAAGCUCAGUGAUACCAGCUUAUAUACCUAUAAUAGAGAAACGUAAAGACACUCCAUUUACCGAGCAACACAAGGCAUGGCAACAGUUGCGAAGAGGGCGAUAUGUUGAAUUCAACUUGGUGUAUGACCGUGGAACAACGUUUGGUCUGAAGACAGGAGGGCGUAUAGAGAGUAUUCUUGUCUCUCUUCCACUAUCCGCAAGAUGGGAAUAUGACCAUAAACCUGAAGAAGGAAGUGAGGAAUGGAAGCUAUUAGAUGCUUGUAUCAAUCCUAAAGAGUGGCUUUAG